CCCCCUUCUUCCCAGAAGGCAGCGCGCGAGUGAGGCGGAAGCAGCCCGGGCGAGGAUGGGGCCAAGAUGGCGGCUGGCGCUGGGGGCGCUUUUGGGGUCGCUGGUCGCCCCUUCGCGGUCAGCCGAGGGAAUCGCCAUGAACGAUGCCAAAGCACCCGUGAGUCUGACGGGCACAACGCCGUGUUGGCGGAGGGAGGAUUUCGUGGUCACGACGGAAUGCUCUCCCUGUACGAGUUUCCAGAUUAAAACCAUGUCGGAAUGCGGCGUCACCGGGUUUGUCGAGCAGAUCAACUGCGGGGUGUCCAAGAAGGGCGAAUUCAAGAGUUGCCGCUCUUUGGAAAUGGAGACCCGGAUCUUCUGGAAGUUUGAAGGCGCCAUGCUGGGGGCCGCCGCCGUCUUCGCCCUUCUCGUGGUGUGUCGCCAGCGGGUGCUGGACGGAAAAGCCUUGGAGAAAGUGCGCAAGCAGAUCGAAUCGAUUUAGCGUCCGUUAAAAUUGGGACGGAUCCAGACUUUGCCGCGGGGGAAGAGCAGCCCAGCAUCGCCUCCCCCUCGUUCGAAAUCCCCCUCCCGCUUUCAACUGCAAGGGAGAGGGGGGGUUGCACCCCCCACGGAUCGGUGUCGCUUCCCUCUUCAGGGCUGGGGGUGGCAAAAGAAAACCCACGAUGUCCCCCCCCCCCCACGAUUCUUCAUCUCUGGCAGCUUGAAAUCACGCAAUUCGAACUCUCUUCCCGGCUGGGAACUUCCGCCUGUCGCCGUCGUUUUGAGCCUCACGGCUGGAAGUGCGCCGUACGAAUGGGGCACGAGCCUCUGAUUUCACCCCUUGUACAAACCCUGAACCCCUUUUCUCCUCCUUGUGAUUAAAGGUGCUCCCCUCGAGCGUCGCUCUGCGCCCCAGGGUUGGCAGUUGCGUUGAAGUUG